GUUUUUAAUCCCAAAACUACCAGGUAAAAUUCAAGAUACAGCAGUUUGAUAUGUAUAUUAAAGUUCUGGAUAUAGAUAUAACAUUUGUUGGAGCACUUGCUUGGUUAUGUAUUGGAUUAUGGAUUAUUGUUUUUUUAGUUCAUGCACUUGCAUUGAUAUAUGGAAAACUUUAUUUAUACAGUUGGAGAAAACUCAAAGAUAAAGGUAACGUAAAGGAUUUACCAGCUGUAUCAAUUAUUAAGACUGUAGCUGGUAACAACAGCAAUAUUUUGUCAAAUUUGGAGACUGUUUUUUUAUUAGAAUAUCCAAAAUUUGAGGUACUUAUAUGCGUUCAGGAAGAAAAAAAUGAGCUAAUACCAAAAAUUGAAGAAAUGAUGCAUGAGCAUCCAAAUGUUGACUCUCGCAUUUUUGUUGGUGCUCAGUCUAUUGGUGUAAAUCCUAAAAUAAAUAACAUGAUUCAGUGUUAUGACUCAAUAAAAUAUGAAUAUUUUUGGAUCUGUGAUAGCAACAUUUUGCUUCACAAGGAAUCAUUAUUAGAAAUAGGCUAUCAUUUAAAGCCAGAUGUUGGAUUGGUACAUCAGCUUCCAUAUGUAUGCCAUAAUGAUCAAAGUUUUGGAAGUUGUUUUGAAAAGAUUCAUUUUGGAACACAGCAUGCUCGUUGGUAUUUAGCGUUUUAUGCUUUAGGUAUUCCAUGUGUAAAUGGCAUGUCUAACAUUAUUAAGAAAAAAUUUCUGGAUGAUGUUGGUGGGUUGAGACCAUUUUCAAAGUACAUAGCUGAAGACUUUUUUAUUGGAAUGUCAUUUAGUAGCAGACAAAUAAAGAUUCUUUUGAGUACAGAACCUGCUAUGCAAAGUACCACUGGUGUUACUGUAGAAAAAUUUAUUAACAGAAUGACAAGAUGGCAAAAACUUCGCUUAACCAUGCUGGCUUCAAGUUUUUUUGAACCUUUCAUAGAAUGCUUUUUGUUAGGUUUUUUGGCUUCUAUGUCAGUAUGGUUUCUUAAUAUUGCACCAUUUUUUUUUGCAUUUAUUUCACAUGUAACAGCUUGGUUUUUAUUGGACCAGCUUUUGCUGCUGAUAAUUGAAAAAAAAUACUCAAGGCUACCACCGUUUUUUCAGCGCUCUUAUGCUUGGUUGCUUCGAGAACUUUAUACAUAUAGAAUUUUUUAUAAUGCUUUAUUUGAUAGGGAAAUACAUUGGAAUAAUACCACCUUUACACUUAAAUAUGGAGGUAUUGCAGUGAGUAGCGAAAAAAAUAGUUAAUGUAUUUUGAAUUUUUUUGGGUGUAAAAUUCUUUUGAAAUAUCCAAGUAGUUUGUUACAAAGCUAUAUUAUGUUUGAGGUGAAAUUUUUUUGAAAAAUAUCUUUAAUGCGCUAAUUGAAGUAGUUUCCUUGUUUUUAGACAUAAUCGAUAUUUUUUCCUUUUUUUCACAUUUUAAAUAGAAUUCUAUUUAUUUUAUAUUCAAUGAUGCAAAUUUUUUGUAGAUGA